ACAACCUGCACCUGAUCUGUUUUUUGCUUUCAUGAGAAUGUUAAGUUGGUUAUGUCUGAUCAAAGUAUUACAUUGGAAGUAGAACAAGAUCUAUUCCUAUCGGAGCAAUACUUCUUUUUUGUGAUCUUAACAAAUAAGUCAAAUUUACAUACAACACUGUUGUAAUUUUGAGCAUUUUCAGCAUUGAAAUGUGAAUGUAAAAUAUUUUCUGCCAACAGUGUCAAAAUCACCGCCUUGUGUGCGCAACAGUAUCCUCCUUGGACAAAUGCCUUCAGUGUGUGGGACCUGUAGCCUCCUUAAAGUGGCUUGGCUAUAAGUGCAAAGUUUGUUCAGGUGUCUGGCAUAAAACCUGUUUCAGACGAAUUACAAAUGAAAACCUCCCCCACCAAUCACAGGAGCAACAGCUUUCAAAAUGUUCAGAGGAUGAACUGCUGUCAGAUGAGGAUAGCAUACCACAUUCCAAUGUGGAUCCAAUAUCUGAUGAUGAUCAGGAUCAUUCUGAUGUGGAUUACGUACCAGACUCAGAGUUUCAAGAUGAUGAUGAUGAUGAAGAUUCAGACACAAGUAUACCUUUCAUGCCUAUUCGGUCUAACGGUGGACAGAUUCAGGUAAAACCAGUAAUACCUGAUGCUGGGACAUCUUAUGGGUCAGACACAGGCAUCCCAGUUGUGCCCAGUACAUCAAAAGGUCAAAUGCCCCUUAAAGAAACAUCAGGCUCUGCAAAUUCUAUGAAAACCUUGCCAAAGAAGAAGAAGAAAAAGCUAGAUGAUCAAGCAGAGCCUCACAACCAAGAAUCAACACAUUUGACUAUGAGUACUAAAAAUUACUGUUACAUUUGUGGUCAACCACAAAGCAAAAUUUCUCGCCACUUGAAGACACACACUACACAUGCAGAAGUUGUACAUGUUUUUUCCCUGCCUUACCACUCAAAGGAGCGUAAAAUAUUGUUAGAAAAAAUGAGGAAUAAGGGAAACUUUAGACAUAAUACUGCUGUUUUACAAGGCGGAACAGGCCCGCUGAAAGUAAAGAGAAAACCAAAGGCUAAAGCAGUGGCAGGAAAGUUUGUUCACUGUAUGUACUGUCAAGGGAUGUACCUCCGGAAAGAGCUUUGGAGACAUGCCCGCAGAUGCCCCUGCAAGCCAGAAGAUGGAGAUUUGGAAAAAGAACCUGGGAGGACCAAAGUACUGGGUUUGGCUGUCGCUCAAGAGUCUGCAUCUUGUCACCAGAUCUCAGCUGGAGUUUGGAAGCUCCUUAGUGCCAUGAAACAGGAUGAGGUUGCCUCAGCUGUGAGAAAUGACCUCUCUAUUAUUCAGUUUGCCCAGUCACUCUACAACAGACAUGGACAAGACCCUACAAAGUAUGAAUACAUGCGACAGAAGCUUCGUGAAGUGGGGCGUUUGUUGUUAUGUCUGCGCACAGACUUCUCAGUACAUAACCUGGAGGAGGCUGUUAAACCUGCUAACUUCCAGAGGGUUGUGCAAGCUGUAAAGAAAGUUUCUGGUUUUGAUGAAGAAAAACACUCAUAUGGAACACCAAGCCUUGCAUUGAAAUUGGGGCACACAUUGCACAAAGUUUGUGACAUUAUCCACUGUAGGGCCCUCAUGGCAGAACAUGAAGAACUGAUCAAGUCCACUGACACAUUCAAGAAGUUGUACUCCUCCAAGUGGUCUGAGAUGGUGUCUCACAGUGCCUUGAACACACUGAGUGAUGCAAAGUACAACAAGCCAUCAACUUUACCCUUCACUGAGGAUGUUCGCAUUCUUCACCAGUACCUUGAGAAAUCUGCAGAAAGUGCCUUUUGCAACUUAAAGGAGAAGGCCACGACUCAGAACUAUGCACAACUUGCAAAAGUUACACUUGCACAAAUCAUUGUGUUCAAUCGAAGACGAGCUGGGGAGGUUUCAAAAAUGCGCCUCAAAAGUUUCCAUGAAAGAGACAACACAAAGCUCCAUGAAGAUGUUGCCAUGGGUUUGUCAAAGACUGAACAGAAGCUUUGCAACUAUUUCAGCCGAAUCGAAAUCAUGGGGAAAAGGGGCAGAAAGGUUGCAGUUCUGCUAACACCAAGGAUGGUGGAUGCUCUCUCACUACUGACCAGUCAAAGGACUGAGUGUGGUGUUUGUGCCACAAAUAUCUUCCUGUUUGCAAGACCUAAAUCAAUGACCCAUUACAGAGGGCAGGACUGUUUGCGUGUUCAUGCAAGCCAGUGUGGAGCAAAGCACCCUGAGCAUCUCAGGUCGACACAACUAAGGAAACAUGUUGCAACACUCUCUCAGGUCCUUAAUUUGAAAAACAAUGAACUUGAUCAGGUCGCAGAUUUCCUGGGACACGACAUCCGUGUUCACCGCGACUUCUACAGAUUACCAGUUCCCACAACACAGCUGGCCAAGAUUUCUAAACUGCUUUUAUCAAUGGAGAAAGGACAUCUUUCCAGCAUGCAGGGAAAAUCCCUGGAUGAGAUUGAAAUAGAAGGUGAAAUCGCAUUAAGUGACACUGAGGCCAAAGACAGUGACAGUGAAUCUGAUGGCAGUGGCACAGAAUUCACAGAGUGUGACACUAGUGAGGCUGUGGAUGCUGCAACCGACUCUACAGCUACGGAGCAGGUCCAUGAUGCUGCAGAUUUAGAAGCAGUGUCAUCAGUGACGUCCACAGUGAAUGAGACUGCCCCUCUCUCUGAAAGACAAGAUGCUGGUCAAGACCAUGAGUCCAGAAGAGUGCCAAAGAAAGUGUGGUCUAAGCCUGAGGUUGCUGCAGUUAUGCGGCAUUUCAGAGGUCACAUUUGUAAAGGAAAACUGGCCACCAAAAAUGAAUGUAGUCAUUGCAAGCUGGUAGAAGGCCCUGCAUUAGCACAAAGAACAGUGCAAAAUAUAAGGGACUUUGUCAGAAACAGAGGAAUAGCUGCAAAGAGACAGUCACAGAAAGAGAAGCUAUAAAUCCACAGGGUUCACAGUUGUUCAGUAUGUUAUGGUUAUGUUGAUACCCUAAUAUAUUCAAUAAUGCCACCUGUUAAACAUGGGUCGUUAUAAAUAAGAGAAUAUUUUAGCAUAAAGCUUUUUUUUUUGGAGUUGUGGCUCUUAUGUGGCAGGCUGCUAGUUGCCUGUGGGUUUGGUUUUUGUUGACAAAGUGACUGACUAUGUGUGAGGUAUGUUUUUGUUAAGUGCUCUGACACUUUUUUAUUUUCACACAGUGAUGUUUAUUUCACUAUUUGAUAUGUUGAUACGAUAUACAUAUAUAUAUGGGCAGUAUUCUUACUUAAGAGCAGUUUAUUGAUAAUAAAAUGACUGUCCUGUUAA